AUGGCGGACACUACCUCCGCCACCAAGCCGAUCCACACCAUUGUCCUCGACGCAGCACCCCUCAUCCGCAAUGUACCCCCGAUCUCGACGCUGCUUGCACAGUCCCACGCCCUCAUCACCACCCCCGCUGUCAUUUCCGAAAUCAGAGACCCCGCUGCGCGCUCUAGAAUUGAGACCUUAUAUCUACCUUUCCUCACACAGCGCACUCCCAAACCGGAGUCUAUAAAGUUCGUUGCAGAGUUUUCACGGAAGACUGGCGAUAGGGCAGUGCUGAGUAGGCAAGAUUUGGAGGUUUUGGCGUUGGCAUAUGAGGUUGAGUGUGAGAGGAAUGGAGGCGACUGGCGGUUGAGAAGGGAGCCCGGACAGAAGGGGAUUAAUGGGAUGCCCCCUGCGAAGGUUGAGGAGGGGGAGAAGAAGAAGGAAGGGGAAGCAGACGAUGACGCCGGUGGUGAUGAGCCCGCUGUCGAACAACAGCCUAAAGUGGAAGAUUCCAUCGAGAAUGUUACGAACGACUUGGCUGAGUCGAUCCUAGCUGAGAAACAAGACCCCCAGGAAAACUGUGCAAGUGCCACGGACGGUCUUGCAGAAACACAACCAGAAGAAGAUUCUGCCCAAUACCCAACACCAACUCAAAUAGACGAAUCCGAUGACGACGACGACGACGAUGAAGAAGGCUGGAUCACCCCCUCCAACAUCAAAAAACGCCAGGUAAAAGACGCGGCAGCGGCAGCGGCAGCCUCCGUCGAAACAAAAACAAUGCAAGUCGCAACCAUAACCGGCGACUUCGCCAUGCAAAACGUCCUGUUGCGUAUGAAUCUCAACCUCCUCUCGCCCAACAACAUGCAGCGCAUCCGCCGGCUAAAUUCCUAUAUCCUCCGCUGCCACGGUUGCUUCGCCACAACCAAGGAAAUGGACAAGCAGUUCUGCCCCCGCUGCGGAAAACCGACGCUAACCCGCGUUUCCUGCUCCACAACCUCCGGGGGCGCGUUCAAGCUCCACCUUAAGAAGAAUAUGCAAUGGAAUACGCGGGGAGAUAGGUAUAGUAUUCCGAAACCGAUAGCGGGGACGUCAAGUGGGAAGUGGAAGGGAGGUGGAGGGCUGGGAGGCUGGGGGACUAACUUGAUCUUGACGGAGGAUCAGAAGGAGUAUGUGAGGGCGGUAGCAGAGGAGGGACGAAGGACGAAAAAGGAGAGGGAUCUUAUGGAUGAUGAUUUUCUACCUGGGAUUGUGACUGGGGAGAGGUUGAAGGGUGGUGGAAGGGUUAUGGUGGGGGCGGGUAGGGCGGUUAAUUCAAGGAAGAGGAGGUGA